UCUCAAUACUAAAUUCAGCUCUCUCUAUUAAAAACCAAUCACAGUUUGAGUUAUUAAGGGAAAGAACGAGCAAUUGUGAUAAUCAGGUUUCAGAAACAAUGCCAAGAACCAUUCAAUGUUUUUGUUUUUUCCCUUUUCAUAUUAUAAUUCUCUUCCUCUUGUUUAUUAAUGCUAACUAUUCUUUUUCUGCUGCGGUAAACGAAAAAAAUAAUGAAACCUCUCGAGGACAAAAUCAAUAUUCUUUGGUUCACGUCGGUCUCGUUCUUCAUCUGGAUUCUCGCAUGGGAAGCAUGGUGGAUUUAUGCAUAAACAUGGCCCUUUCAGAUUUCUACUCAGAGCAUACAAAUUAUCAAACAAGAUUGCAGUUACACACCAAGGACGCUAAGAGUUUGCUAGAGGCUAACUUUGCAGUUCUAGACUUACUGAAGAAUGAAGAAGUGCAUGGUAUCUUAGGACUACAGACCGCAACAGAAGACAAAUUCCUUGCAGAACUUGGUGGAAAAGUUCAUGUGCCAGUUAUUUCUUUCACAGCCAGAAGUUCAACUCUUCCCUACUCACAAAACCGCUACUUUAUUAGGACUAUUCCAGAUGAUGUGUAUCAAGCUCAAGCUCUCGCAGCCAUUUGCCAAGAAUUUAACUGGUCUGAAGCAGUGAUUUUGUACGAAGACACGGAAUCUGGCAUUCAAUUUCUUUCACAUCUGAAUAAGGCAUUCCAAGAAUCUGAUAUUGAGAUAGCAUAUAUGAGUGCCAUCACUGUAUCAUCAGAGGAUAAUCGAAUAUUAAAAGAACUCAAAAAGCUUAUGGCAAAGCAACCAAGGGUAUUCCUGGUGCACACGAACCCAUCACUUGGUCACCGGUUAUUUUUUCUUGCCAAAAAGGCAGGAAUGAUGAGUGAAGGGUAUGCUUGGAUUAUCACUUAUUACUUAUCCAACUUCUUAAGUUCCAUGGAUUUUAUUGCCCGUGAUUCAAUGGAAGGAGUUUUGGGUAUAAGGCCCUAUGUAUCCUGGUCGAAAAAGCUUGACAGUUUCCAAGAAAGGUGGAAAAGGAAUAUGGUUCUGAAGAAUUGGACAGGUUCAGUUAGGGACUUAAGUAUCCAUGGUUUGUGGUUGUACGACACAAUACACUUCUUAGCAACAGCAGCAGAGAAGAUUGGGCUAGUGAACUCAAGCUUAUUGUAUGGGAACACCAGCAAAAUUGGAACAGAUACUACAAACUUAAAAAUCUCAGCUUUUGGACCAAGACUUCUCAAUAAAUUGUCACGCACAAAAUUCAAAGGCCUGAGUGGAGAAUUUCAAUUGAUUAAUGGGCAACUGACACCUUCAGCCCUUGAGAUAUUCAAUAUAAUUGGAAACGGAGAGAGAACAGUGGGAUUUUGGACACUGGACAAAGGAAUAACUCGAGAAUUAAAUUCAACUGGUGAACCAACGCACACAACACCCACAAAAAACCUCAAAAAUGUCAUGUGGCCUGGAGAUUCUGUCACACGGCCAAAUAGCGGGGCCCUUCCUGCAACUGUAAAACUAAGAGUUGGGGUUCCAGUGAAACAUGGAUUCACAGAAUUUGUAAAUGUAAAAAUAGAUGCUGCAACAAAUCGUACAUUAGCAACUGGUUUUUCAAUUGAUAUCUUCUUGGCAGCAUUGCAGUUGCUACCUUUCCCUACAAAAUAUGUAUUUUGUCGUUAUAAUGACAGCAAAAAUAGUAACUGGAGUUAUGACAACAUGCUUCAUGAGAUACCUGAUCAGGAGUCGUUCUAGUGGUCAAAAAUAAGAAGCCGUUGGACAUGUGGAUUUUUGUAAAGCCUUUGAGGUGGGACCUUUGGCUG